ACCGGAAGUUUACUGUUAUGCAUGUUUUUGUUUGAUAUUUGUCUUUAACUGCAAUUGAUAUAUAUUGUUGGGCAUUUCCAGACGAGAUUGUUUAUUAGUGUGAAACCAUGGCAUCUGGUUAUGAAGAUCAUGCUUCCAAACGUAUGCGGAUGGACAAAUCGAGUGAGGACCCGAUCAAACCGUCACCUUCACCAGUUGUCCAUGUGAGAGGUCUCUAUGACAACAUUAUGGAGAGGGAUUUGACCAGAGCUGUGCAGCAGUUUGGAACAGUCAACUAUGUUGUGCUCAUGCCAAAGAAACAUCAAGCUUUGAUUGAAUUUGAAGAAAUUAAAGGUGCCACAGACUGCGUGAAUUUCUCAAAUGAAAGCCAGAUAUUUGUUGCUGGGCAGCCGGCUUAUUUUAACUAUUCUACCAGCCAGCGCAUCCAAAGACCAGGUCCUAAAGAUGAUAACAAACCAACAAAUCACAUUUUGUUGGUUACGGUCUUAAAUCCACAGUACCCAGUCACCGUGGACAUCAUGCACACCAUAUGCAGUCCCUAUGGCCAAGUAGUGCGUAUUGUCAUCUUUAGGAAGAGUGGUUUGCAGUGCAUGGUAGAAUUUGAUAAUGUAGAUUCAGCUAAACGAGCUAAGCAAGCUUUAAAUGGUGCCGAUAUCUACUCUGACUGUAAUACCCUUAAGAUAGAGUAUGCCAAAACAGAUAAACUAAAUGUUUUUAAAAAUGAUCAGAACAGCUGGGAUUACACUAACCCAAACUUGAACAGUGAGGCAGCACCAGCCAGAAACAUGCCCCUUCUACCAGAGCCUGGAGGUGGAAAUGCUCCCUACAAUAGGAGACCAGGGCCUGGGGGUCAGGGCGGAUUCGGUGGGUAUGGAAGAGACGGAGCUCCAAAUCAAGGUUACCAGGGCUACCAAGGAGGGGGCUUUGGCGGGGGGAUGUAUGACCAAGGUGAUGGUUUCAAUCAGGGAUAUGGAGGAAUGCCACAGAGGCAGGGAGGAUAUGGACAGGAAGGAUUUGGGAGGAAACCUGGACCACCCCCACCAAUGCAUGAUGAGAGUGGUUAUGGAAGACCAAUGCCCCCACAUGGAUAUCAAGACCAGGGUGGACCACCUCCCGGGGCCAUGAUACAGGGAGCAGUACUCAUGGUGUAUGGUUUGAAUCCAGAGUAUGUUAACUGUGACAGAUUAUUUAAUAUUUUCUGUCUGUAUGGAAAUGUUGCAAGAGUGAAGUUUCUUAAGAGCAAGGAAGGGUCUGCUAUGGUGCAGAUGGGAGACUCCCUUGCUGUGGAACGAAGCAUACAGAAUCUCAGUCACAUCACAUUGUUUGGAAAUAAGUUGUCACUUGCAGUUUCUAAACAGGCAUUUUUACAAGAUGUUCCAAAUCCUUACGAGUUACCUGAUGGUACUCCAUCUUUUAAAGACUUUAUGGGCAGCAGAAACAAUCGAUACGCAAAUCCUGAACAAGCUAGCAAAAACAGAAUCAUGGCACCAACAAAAGUUCUACAUUACUUUAAUGUUCCUCCAGAAUUAUCAGAGAAAGUUUUGGAGGAAGUAUUCACUAAUAUGGGAGCAGAGUGUCCAGAGAAAAUUAAACAAUUUCCCAACACUAGUGCCCGAAGUUCAUCAGGAUUAGUCCAAUUCAAAGAUGUAGAAGAAGCAGUAAAUGCUCUAGCAUUAGCAAAUCAUGCAUCGAUACCAAACCCAUCGGGUAAAAGUCCUUAUGUAAUGAAGCUCUGUUUUUCAGGCAGCCCUAUUGGUGGUCGAUAAACCAAAGUAGGAAAACACUCGUCAUAAUACAAGAUAGGCUACAUUUGUAGUUGUAUAAAUGUGUACGACUUUGGAAAUGGACAUUAGACUAGUCUGCAUAAUCAAAACACAUUUUGGGCAUGUAUUCUUGAGAAUAACUGAAAUAAUGAAAUUUAAGUUUAAAAAGGUUGAGAUCUAUUGAAUACUUGACUGGGCAUACAUGAUCAUUUUUUAAGAUUGUAUAGAAAAAGGAGGGUAAUUUAUAUGCAUCGCUAUGUUUUAUAAAUGUUUUUUCGGAACAGUAUGUGAAAGUCAAAAAGAUUUUAUAAAAAUACAAUAUGUAUAAAAUUUGAAAUUAUGAAGGACUUUGACAUUUAAUGUUGCUUUUCUCCCCUCCAAAAAUUUGAUUUUUUAAUUAAGUUUUACAUGUUAUUUUAUAUGAAAGAAAUUGGAAUAAAAUUUGUAAUUGUG